AUGGGGCCGCGCCGGGCCGGGAGCGCGCUGGGUGCGCUGUGUGUGCUGCUGCUGGCGGCGGGGACGGCAGGUGUAGUUCUGAGGCAGUCCCAAGAGCCCAAAGAGCUGUGGGGAUAUGUGCAGGUUCGGAGUAAGGCCCACAUGUUCUGGUGGCUCUACUAUGCAAAUAACCCAACCAAAGACUUCACAGAACUACCUCUCGUCUUGUGGCUUCAGGGAGGUCCAGGAUCUUCAGGUUGUGGAUUUGGGAACUUCGAAGAGAUCGGUCCAUUAGACAAAGAAAUGAAACCAAGAAAUACAACCUGGUUGCAGGCAGCCAGUAUCUUGUUUGUGGACAAUCCUGUGGGCACUGGAUUCAGCUAUGUGGAUGAUUGUAGCUUGUUUGCCAGAAACCUUUCCAUGGUAGUUUCUGAUAUGAUGGUUUUCCUUGAGGAAUUCUUCUCAUGUAGAACAGAAUUCCAGACCAUCCCAUUCUAUAUAUUUUCUGAAUCUUAUGGAGGUAAAAUGGCUGCUGGCAUUGCUUUAGAGCUGCACAGGGCUGUUCAAAAAGGGACCAUAAAGUGCAAUUUUAUGGGGACUGCUCUUGGAGACUCGUGGAUUUCUCCCUUGGACUCUGUGCUGUCUUGGGGGCCCUACCUUUACAGCACUUCUCUCCUUGAUGAUAACGGCCUAGCAGAGGUGACUGCUGUUGCCAAAGAAAUAAUGGAUGCAAUAAAUAAAAAUCAGUAUGGGCUGGCCACUGAGCUCUGGGGCAAGGCUGAAAGUGUCAUUGAAGAGAACACAGACAAUGUGAACUUCUAUAACAUCAUGACUAAGGAUGUUCCAGAAAUGAAAUCAGAUGAACAAGAAAAUCUCUAUCUCACGCGACUUUACCAGCGCCAUGUCAGAAACAUGCACCAGGGCAGCCUGGAUGAACUGAUGAAUGGCCCCGUCAGAAAGAAGCUGAAGAUUAUUCCUGACUGUGUGAAAUGGGGAGGUCAGUCCAGACAGGUCUUUGAGAACAUGGCUGAGGACUUCAUGAAACCUGUCAUUGAUGUUGUUGAUCAGCUUUUGGCAGCCAAUGUUAAUGUCACAGUCUAUAAUGGGCAGCUGGAUCUCAUUGUUGACACCAUGGGCCAGGAAGCGUGGAUCCGGAAACUGAAAUGGCCCUGUUUGGACCAGUUCAGCCAGAAAAGGUGGAAGGCACUGUAUGUGUCUCCAGAUUCCACCCAAACAGCUGCUUUCCACAAGGCCUAUGAGAACUUUGCUUUCUUCUGGAUUCUCAAGGCUGGGCACAUGGUACCUUCUGACCAAGGGGAGAUGGCACUGAAAAUGCUCAAGAUGGUGACCCAGCAGCAGCUGUAGGGAAGGGGAGCCCAGCUGGCCUGGCUUCCUGCCCAGCCCCAGGGCUCCUGCGGAGUGAGUCCAGAAUCCGGAGCCGAAGGAGGAGCAAUGGCUGUUUGGACACACAGCCUCUCUGAUCUCGUGAUAAAGUGCACAAGCACUCAUGGAAAGGCAUUUUUUUCCUUGAAUGAGUUGUUGCUUUUGAAUUUUUAAGCUGUGAUUUGCUGCCUUAAUACUGUUCAAAAAUGACACUCAGAGGAAAGUCCACUGUCAUAAAGAACUAACUCUGAUCCUUUGACUUGGAAGGAUUUUGUGCUCUUGCCCUUCCCUGAAUGCUCCCUUCUCUGUUCACACACCAAGACUAAAACUGAUUUGACCCCUGAUAGAUUUGCUUUGUGUUCCUCUCUGAGAGCUGAUCUGCUUCAUGAGGCCGUGGAAUGUUCCUUCCUUUGUCCUGAGGCCUCUGCUUGAGUCACCUGGCUGGAUUACAAGCUGAACAUAUGGAGACAACAGGAUAGAGGACCUGCCCCAGAGGAAUCACAGUCCAUCUCAUCUUGCUGGGGGGCCUGAAUUAGGAUCCAGGAUUGUUCAGGUUUCCUGUGUUACGGAGAUAGAAAAACACCCCCCAGAGGAGGAUUUGACCUUUUUCAUGUGGCCAUUUGUUUCUUGUUUUCAUUCUCUUUAAUAACUAUUACUCAAACUUUGCCUUUAGCCUUAACACCU